UCAGUGCUUCUCCCUCUCUGCCGCGCGGUGGCGCAGCGAACCAGGAAAACAAAAUUUUGUAGGACCAUGAACUUGAUAAUCCUAUGUCAGGCACGAUGCUGAGGAGCUCGUUGUUGACGGAAAAAACAUCGGAAAAGGUCUAACAUUCAUACGUGGCUCUACGAGGAUACAAUUAAGCACGAUGGACGGGCUAAUGCGCGACAAACUGACAAUGAUCGCGGCUCUUGGCACGGGUGUUGUGGUGGGCAUCAGCGGGAUCUAUCUGUACUACAAGCUCAACAGAAGCGUGACGAGGGAACUGACAAACUUGGCUGGUACGAUCGCGGAUCUUCGAAGGGAAAUCGAGCUGCUCAAGUCUUCGGAGGAGCCACGUUCGUCGUCAUCGUCAACUACAGUUUGGAAAAAAGGCGCAGCUAAAAAAGUCGCCGUUAAUGGCAGUAUUCGAAAGCAGGAAGCCCAGGAAUUGACAGCUCAACCUUCCAGCAGCAGCUUGGAUGAUGACAGCGAAGAGUACUUUGACUUCACAGACGUGGAGGAUAUCGAAAACUCCUGGACUGGUCUCAAGACUAAGGAGGAUGUACAAACAGACGUAGCCGCGGAUGGCACUGGUGACCAGGUGCGACCCAAAGUUGAGGAUAAAUGGCUCGACUUGGUAGACAGUAAGCUCGAUGAACCGGGAGACAAGGAAGACCUCUACAGUAGUAUGAAAAUGAAGCAGCAGGAGUACGGCAACAAUGCCGACUACCUGUGGAGGAUGGCAAAGGUAACUCACCUCUGCGGAAUCACAGCGCAAAAGAACGGACAGAUUUCGCAGAAGAAGGAACUGGCCUUUGAAGCUUUCGGCUACGCAAAGGAUGCACUAGCAGCUGACGACAAAAACCCUGAAGUUCACAAGUGGUACGCGAUCACUAUCGGGUCGCUGUCGGAGUUCAUCGGAGUCCAGGAGAAGAUACGCAACGGCUACGAGUUCAAGGAACACGUAGACACUGCUGUUAGGCUCAAGCCCUCAGAUCCUACGCUGCACCAUAUGCUCGGCCGAUGGUGCUUUGAGGUGGCAACUCUGACGUGGAUUGAAAGGAAGCUGGCUUCUACUUUGUACUCCGCUCCCCCUCAGUCCACGAUGCAGGAAGCACGAGCCCAUCUCUUCAAUGCUGACAAACUGAAGAACAACUGGAAAGAGAAUAUGCUGUUUAUUGCAAAGACAUAUGUGUGCGAGGGCAACUACAGCCCUGCCAUAUCUUGGGUCGAUCGUGCUCUGGCUGUCCCACUCAAAGGAGAAGGGGAUGAAGUGGCACAAAGGGAGUUGGUGACGCUGAUGCAACAGUACCAGCGUUACCGUUCCUGAUCCACGUUGCACCACUGGUUAAGGCAUAAUGCGGUUGUGGCAGUUUUAGAUUGGCGAAGGGGAUGUAUUUAUUUAUUACGCCGUAGGCCUGCAUAGUGUAGUGUUGAGAAUCAAUGACUACUCGGACUACUACAUUCCGCGGGUGCUGAAAUCUUUCUUCAUGAUCGAUGUUGUCUGAGAAUGCUGUAACGUGAUCUUUUUAUUAGUGUUAUCAAAGCAGAACAAGGUUUUGGUUAACUCCUAAAGAAA